AUUUGGAACCAUGGUUCAGAUCUGGAUCUAUGCGUUCGUCCUCUCUCAAUUGCCUCAUGGAGUUCUACAAGAAGAAGUAAAAGUGAAACAUCCAUCUCAUGUGCUCCCUUACAAGCUGUUGGAAAGUUACCGAUAUAAAGAGAUGAGCGUGAGAGGCUACAUGAGCGAGAGGCCCGUUUUUGGUGUUGCGUAUGGCAGUUUAACAGACGAUGUGUACAUGUACUUGUCACCUUCAUCGCACUGUCAAGCUGUAUGGCUGUGCUAUGGCGGAAAGCCCAACACCACUGCAGAGAUUUUUUUCGAACUGGACUGGGAUGCUAUUUGUGGAGAUUCUACGCGAUUUCAUCCAUUAGAGCAGACCGUUUACGUGGUGCAGAAUGGGGAAGUUAAGGCACACCCUUACUACUCUUCACUGGUUGAGCUGCAAUACGACUCUAUCAAUAAGAAAGUCUACAUAUUCAAAUCUCAAGAAGGGUUCCAAAUUGAAGAUGUCGCGACCACCAGUAGGCCCGAGAUUGUGUUGGACCUGUCAGGAAAAUUUGUUUUCUUGCUCACUUCAAGCCCUUACUGUUUUUCCGGUCUUCAUCAGCCGUUUGGAGGAAUAGUGAAAGGAUACACACUCAACCUCACAGCAGAUGACUGGAAAGAAUAUUACGACUUCCAUUACUUCCGGGCUGGUGGCGACAAGAAUCAAAAGAAGAUAAGCCGGAAAGGUGAAAACCGCACAGAGUCGUUCGAUUCAGUCAAACGCAGAAAAGGUCUCAGAAAAGCCGAAGUUGAUUGCUGCCCUCCUACAUGGGAAUUCGAAGGAUUUCUUUCUGCAAACGAAUGGAAUGAAGGACCUUAUGUCGCCUACCACCGAUAUAAGCUUUUCAAACAGGGGGACGCCAAGUGUAAGGAAGCUACUAGCCUCCAAUCAAUUUUGAUUGAAAUAGGGGAUGAAUGUGAAUGGAUGAGGCUUUGCUUCGAUAAUAACCCUAAUCAGUUCUGUGAAGACGAUGCAAAUACGCUUUCACUGAUUUUCAAUCACGAAGUCUACAUUCCAACAGACUCCGAAAACGCGCGGGCAUUCGCAAUUCCUUUUGAAGAUCUGAAGGUGAUUCGUAUCAACUUCAUCGUUGGAUACCCAGGGAUCGAGAUGGCAUACGGCUUUUCAAGCCCCACGACACCCGCUGUUAUGGACUUGAUGAGACUGAAUAAUUAUGAUGGAAAAGACCCUAGCAAAAUCACGAUCAACGUCAUCAAAGCGUCUUGGUAUUGCCAAGCUCGCCUUACUAAUGACCUGGGCUCUAUGAAUCCGCGUGAAGGUGGUAAGGAUGGUGCUGAGUACCAAUGUUUGUCGAUUCAGUCUUGCACCUGUAUGAAGCCGUAGUAGUUUUUGCAGUUCUUGUAGUUCUUGCAACUUGUACCUGAUUGGAGAGUUGUUAAUGAACGUUUUAGU